GAAACGCGAGGCGGUUAACAUGUUUUAAGAAAACGAGCUCCGACGACAAAAGGCAAAGCAACUAAAAAUCUAUUCAAAACGCAAAGAGCUAUAAAACGAAAAGCGAAAAGUUGAAUCAAACGCAAUUCUCAACCAAGUGCCAAUGCAAAUGUUAAUUGAAUACAAAAUUCACAAGUGCUGAGCUAAAAUUCGUUACACACACAUACACAGUUACACUACAAGGAUUACGGUUACGCGCACAACACCAUCCAAAAUAACGGAGAAAAAAUACGCUCAAAUAUGAAAACCAGAAAGUGAAUUAAAGUUUUUUUAACAAAACAAAAAAAUUAGUAAAAUAAUUCCAAAUUCCCUUAUAUAAAAAAUAAGAGAGAAUUCAGUUGAAAUUCGAGGAAAUCAAAAGCAACAAAUUUCAAGCAACAUGUCAACAGCAACAGCAACAACAACGACAACAACACAAGCAAGGAGCUGCCUGUUGCUGCUGCUCCAGCUGCUGGCCGCCCUGAUGCUGCCAGCGGCGACGCAUGCGCAGCAGUGCGCGUGGGAGUUCGUGCGCACCACAAUGGACAUCAAGUGCAAUGUGCGAGCCCUGGAGCUGGGCGCUGGCUCCACGCUGGACCUGCAGGUGGCCGAGACGGCCAACCGCUUCGAGCUGCAGUGCAGCGCCGACCUGCUGCACGCCAGCGAGCUGGGCAGCGGCCUCUUCCGCAAGCUGCAGAAGCUGUCCGAGCUGCGGCUGGACGCCUGCAAGCUGCAGCGCGUGCCGGCCAACGCCUUCGAGGGUCUGCUCUCGCUGAAGCGCCUCCAGCUGGAGACGCACAACGCCGUCUGGGGGCCGGGCCGCACUCUGGAGCUGCACUCCCAGGCCUUCCAGGGCCUGCGCGAGCUGAGCGAGCUCCACCUGGCGGACAACAAUAUACGGCAGUUGCCGGAGGGCAUCUGGUGCAGCAUGCCCGGACUGCAGCUGCUGAAUCUCACACAGAAUCGCAUUCGCGCCGCCGAGUACCUGGGCUUCUCCGAGAAGCUCUGCAUGGGCACGGGGCUGCCCAACCAGCUGAGCGGCGGAGCGGAGCUGCAGCUCCUCGAUCUGUCGCACAACGAGCUGCGCUCGCUGCCCGACGCCUGGGGCGCGUCGCGUCUGCGUCGCCUCCAGACGCUCAGUUUGCAGCACAACAACAUCAGCUCGCUGGCGCCCAGCUCGCUGGCCGGCCUGAGCUCCCUGCGCGUGCUCAACCUGUCCCACAAUCACCUGGAGUCGCUGCCCGCUGCCGCCUUUGCCGGCAACAAGGAGCUGCGCGAGCUGCAUCUGCAUCACAACGACCUGUACGAUCUGCCCAAGGGCCUGCUGCAUCGGCUGGAGCAGCUGCUGGUGCUGGACCUCUCGGCCAAUCAGCUGACCAGCCACCACGUGGACAACAACACCUUCGCGGGCCUGAUCCGGCUCAUAGUGCUGAAUCUGUCGAAUAACGCGCUGACUCGCAUCGGGGCCAAGACCUUCAAGGAGCUGUACUUCCUGCAGAUUCUGGACAUGCGCAACAACUCGAUCGGCCACAUCGAGGAGGGCGCCUUCCUGCCCCUCUACAACCUGCACACCCUCAACCUGGCCGAGAACCGCCUGCACACGCUCGACAAUCGCAUCUUCAACGGACUCUACGUGCUCACCAAGCUCACCCUGAACAACAACUUGAUCAGCAUCGUGGAGGCGCAGGCGUUUCGCAACUGCUCCGAUCUCAAGGAACUCGAUCUGAGCUCCAACCAGCUGCUGGAGGUGCCCGAGGCGGUGCAGGAUCUGAGCAUGCUCAAGACCCUGGAUCUGGGCGAGAACCAGAUCUCGGACUUCAAGAACGGCACCUUCAACAACCUGAACCAGCUGACGGGCCUGCGUCUGAUCGACAAUCGCAUUGGCAACAUCACCGUGGGCAUGUUCCAGCAGCUGCCACGGCUCAGCGUCCUGAAUCUGGCCAAGAAUCGCAUCCAGAGCAUCGAGCGUGGCGCCUUCGACCGGAAUACGGAGAUCGAGGCGAUUCGCUUGGACAAGAACUUCCUGACGGACAUCAAUGGCAUCUUCGCCACGCUCGCCUCGCUGCUCUGGCUGAAUCUCUCCGAGAAUCACCUGGUGUGGUUCGACUACGCCUUCAUCCCCUCCAACCUGAAGUGGCUGGACAUACACGGCAACUACAUCGAGGCCCUCGGCAACUACUACAAGCUGCAGGAGGAGCUGCGCGUCAGCACGCUGGACGCCAGCCACAACCGGAUCACGGAGAUCACGCCCAACUCGGUGCCCAACUCCAUUGAGCUGCUGUUCAUCAACAACAACAUCAUCAGCCAGCUGCAGCCGAACAGCUUCGUGGACAAGACGCGCCUGGCCCGCGUCGAUCUCUAUGCGAAUGUGCUGUCCAAGCUGUCGCUGAACGCGCUGCGCGUGGCGCCCGUCGCCCUGGACAAGCCCCAGCCGGAGUUCUACCUGGGCGGCAAUCCGUUCGAGUGCGACUGCUCCCUGGAGUGGCUGCAGCGCAUCAACAACCUGACCACGCGCCAGCAUCCGCGCAUCGUCGACCUGGCCAACAUCGAGUGCCUGAUGCCGCACAGCCGCCAGGCGCCGCUGCGUCCCCUGUCCAGCCUGAGCUCCGCGGACUUCCUCUGCAAGUACGACACCCACUGCCCGGCGACGUGCCACUGCUGCGAGUACGAGAGCUGCGAGUGCGAGAUGAUCUGCCCCAACAACUGCAGCUGCUUCCACGACGCGACCUGGUCGAACAACAUCGUCGACUGCGGCAAGCAGGACCUGCUGAGUGUGCCGCCGCGCCUGCCCCAGGACGUGAACGUGCUCUACCUGGACGGCAACAAUCUGCCCCUGCUGCAGCCCGCCCACCUGGCCGGCCAGCGCAGCCUGCACACCCUCUAUCUGAACGCCUCCAAUGUGGUGGCCCUGGCCAACGGCAGCCUCGCGCAGCUGCCGCAGCUGCGCGUCCUCCACCUGGAGCACAACAAGCUGAGCAGCCUCGACUCGGACAGCUUCCGCUCGCUGAGCCUGCUGCGCGAGCUGCACUUGCAGGGCAAUCAGCUGUCGCACAUCGCCAACGACACCUUCGCGCCGCUGCUCUCGCUGCAGCUGCUCCGCCUGGACAACAAUCGGCUGCAGCUGCCCAAUCUGCGGUACCCCAGCAACCUGCAGGGGCUGACGCUGGGCCGGAACAGCUGGAGCUGUCGCUGCCAGCAGCUGCGCGAGCUGGUGCAGUUCGUGACGGACAACGCCCUGGUCAUCCGGGACACGCCGGACAUCUACUGCGUGGAUGGCGGCAUCAAGCGCGAGCUGGACCUGCUCAGCCAGGAGAAGCUGCUGCCCAGCGCCGACUGCUCCGACCUGCUCGAUGCCAGCGCCAGCAACAUCAGCUCCGCCCAGGACCUCGCCCACGGCUAUCGCCUGCCCCUGCUCGCCGCCGUGCUGGUGCUCAUCUUCCUGGUCGUGGUGCUCAUCAUCGUGUUCGUCUUCCGGGAGAGCGUGCGCAUGUGGCUCUUCGCCCACUACGGGGUGCGCGUGUGCGAGCCGCGCUUCGAGGACGCCGGCAAGCUCUACGACGCCAUCAUUCUGCACUCGGAGAAGGACUACGAGUUCGUGUGCCGGAACAUCGCCGCCGAGCUGGAGCACGGCCGACCGCCGUUCAGGCUCUGCAUCCAGCAGCGCGACCUGCCGCCCCAGGCCAGCCACCUGCAGCUGGUGGAGGGCGCCCGGGCCUCGAGGAAGAUCAUCUUGGUGCUGACCCGCCAUCUGCUGGCCACCGAGUGGCAGCGCGUCGAGUUCCGCAACGCGUUCCACGAGGCGCUGCGCGGCCUCGCCCAGAAGCUGGUCAUCAUCGAGGAGACGAGCGUCUCCAGCGAGGCCGAGGAUGUCGCCGAGCUGGCGCCCUAUCUCAAGUCGGUGCCAUCGAACCGGCUGCUCACCUGCGACCGCUACUUCUGGGAGAAGCUGCGCUAUGCCAUACCCAUUGAGCUCUCGCCCCGGGGCAACAACUACACCUUGGAUCACCAUGAGCGCUUCAAGCAGCCCGUCUCGCCCGGCCUGAUCUUCCGGCAGGCGCCGCCGCCGCCCGCCUACUACUGCACCGAGGACAUGGAGGCCAACUACUCGUCAGCCACCACGGCCACGCCCUCGCCGCGCCCCAUGCGACCCGUGGUCGAGUCUCUGGCCAUGCGGCCCCCCUCGGAGCACAUCUACCACAGCAUCGAAUCGGAAUACAGUGCCUACGAUCAGCACGAGGCGCUCUCCAUGAUGCCCAGCGCCCUGAUGCAGCAUCAUCCGCAUCACCAUCAUCAGCAGCAGCAGCAGUUGCAGGCGCAUCAGCUGCAGCAAUUGGCGCGCCAGCAGCAGCAGCAGCGACUGCUGCAGCCGCAGUAUCGCCCCACGAAUGCAGCUGGAGCUGCGUCGGCAGCGGCUGCAGCAGCGGCAGCAGCGUCUACAUCGGCGGCAGCGCCCGUGCAUUUGCGCAGCGGCAGCGGACUAAGUCAGGCGAGCAACAGCACGCAGUCAACAGCACAAGCAUCCACUUCCGCUGCGGCUGCGCAGCAACAGCAACAGCAACAACAGCAGCAGCAGGCCGCAGCUGGAGGCAGCGAAGCGGGCAGCACCAAUAAGAACGCAGGCCAAGCUUUUCUCGUAUAAGCCGUCUCGCUCGCACUCACUCGCAACAAGCAAAAAGGGUUCCUGCGCAACGGCAGCCAUCUUGAAGCAGUUCGCUCAUUCGCUAGCGCAAAACAGGCAAACAAAAAGUACACACACACACACACACAC